CUUCAUUGGCCUCACUGAAUUGUGCUGCGUUAAAUACCGUCGGAGCGCCCUGUGCAGCGCCUUCUUGUCGACUUGUGUUCACUCCCUCGGUCUGUCGCUCCAUCAAUAAACCGAUAGGUGAAAGCGCACGCGCUCUCUCAUCGGUAAAAUCUGUGAACCGCGUCGCUGGCUCCUCUCCUUCAGCCUCCCAGCUAGCUUAACCCCCCUCGCUAGCGUUAGUUUCGGGUAAAUGGGAUAGUUGUUCCUCAUUGCGUUUGACCGAAACAGGCAGUUCUGCUGUUUAUCUUAUCAGUCCGUCCACUCCGAACAUCAGAGACUGCUAUGGAGCGGCAUGGGGCCGUGGGCUGCGUGAACAUCGGGACCCUGACGAGCACUUUGCCUGCGAUCCCUUACCAGAAGCUGACGGACCUUUACUACCUGAGCAGGGGGGGCUUCGGCACCGUGUUCAAGGCGCAGCACUCCGACUGGAGAACCACCGUGGCCAUCAAGUGCCUGAAGCUCGACUCGGUGGGAGAGAGAGAGAGGAACUGCCUGCUGAAGGAAGCUGAGGUGCUUCACAAAGCCAGGUUCAACCACAUCAUCCAGAUUUUUGGCGUCUGCAACGAGCCAGAGUUCUUCUGCAUAGUUACAGAGUUCAUGAGCAACGGCUCUCUGGAUCAGCUGCUGCAUGAGCACAGUCUGACGAGUCGUCACACUUCCCUAAACCUGCUUCUCUGCUAUGCCAUCAUUAUGUGGGAGGUGCUAUCCAGGCAGAUUCCCUAUGAAGAGGUGACCAACCCCAUGCAGAUCAUGUUCAGCGUGCUGCGGGGGAAACGUCCCGACACCAGCCAGGACAGCCUGUCUGCAGACAUCCCCAGCAGAGAGACGCUCAUCAGCCUGAUGACGAGCGGAUGGACCGCUAACCCCGACGAGCGGCCUUCUUUCCUCAAGUGUUUAAUUGAGCUGGAGCCGAUGGUGAGGCGAUUCGAUGAGAUAGAGUUCCUGGAGGCUGUGCUGGAGAUCAAGAGGUCAAAGCUGAGACGUGGAUCAGACUGCUGUUCAUCUCAGCCUGCAGAGCAUGAGAAGAGAAACGAGGCCGGGUCUCUAAAUAACCUGAAGGAACCCGCCACCCCAUGGCCUCUGCAGUGCACCUCGUCAGCUUCCUGCUCAGGAUCUUAUUCCCCUCAGGAGGAAAACAUCUCCCUGCCAGGCGCCCUCAUCAGCACUCAUGCUGCUUCCUCUAAACAAAGCCUUCCCUCCUCCUUCAUUGUUCCCAAUCUGGAGCAUCCACAGUCUUUGAAGGAUCCCUCUGAGGUCAGCUGCUUCCAGCCCAACAAACUUAUGAAUGAUCUAAACAUUCCCAUCGCGUCUGCCAUGCCUACCGCCGAGGCUGAAUCAUCGAUGGAGAACCUCAACCUGAAAGCUGAUCACUCGCCUCCUCUGCACCUCCCCGCCACGUCCCAAGGCCCCGUCGCUCGCUGGAUAGAGAUGCGGCGAGAGGACAUCGUCCUCCAAAUGACAGAGGCCUGCCUGAACCAGAGUCUGGACGCGUUGCUCGCCCGCUCCAUGCUGAUGCGAGAAGAUUACGAGCUGGUGGUCAACCAGCCCACGCGCACCGCCAAGGUCCGCCAGCUGCUGGACAACUGUCACAAACACGACGAGGACUUCUGCCGGAUCGUCGUGCGCAAACUGGUGGACAACAACCAGGGAGGCCUGAAGCCGUACCCGCCGGAGAUCUGCUCCCCGACCAGCGCCGCCGUCCCCAGCGCGCCGCCGCUCUCCGUCUCCUACAGCAACCACAGGAACUUUUAGCAACAGCCUGAGGAAAGCUGACAGAAACUCUUCAGGUCGACACUACAGCUCUGUUCUCAACAUGUCGAGCUCAGUCUCUCAGCUGGCUACCGGUUACGGUACAAAUUGCAUACCAACUAAAAAAAUAGAGGUUUUUUUGAUGAAACCAAAAGGCUUUAGACUGUACCAGUGUUGUGUGUAAAAUGGGUUGGAUUGGAGAGGAAACCAAAAGGUUUUUAACAGUCUGGUCCUGUUUUGGUGUGUUCAGAGUUUGUGUGCAUUUCCUCUUGUUGGUGCUUAUUUAUUUAGUAGAGGAAACAG